UUCGUAAAUCGGCGAGUCACAUUUCGCCAAAGCGCAAAGUAAAAUUUGGUUUAGUGCGCGAUUUUGAUAGAUUUGUCUCAUUUUUCGCUUACAAUUCGAUGUUAAAUCAAAUAUUUUCCUAUUCUUUACAAUUUUCGAAGUAUUCGUCAGAAAUUUAAGGAGUUUCAAGGUGAAAAUUUUGUUGAAGAAACUACCUCGGAUUUUCAAAUCCCUCAUAGAAAGAGACCGCAUACAGCACCUUCAAGCGAGAGCGAGAUAACGCGAGCCCACACUUGGCCAACGAGCUGUCAAAAGUUGGUGCGCGAAGCCAAAAAGUGAAAUUUUUCCCUUGCCGCUGCCGAACGAAAGACGCCGAGUUUUUUUGUAGCAGAUUUCUCCGGGCCCAUUUCCAGUGGAUUUUGGUGUUUGAUCGAAGCAGAAAAUGCUGCAAAAGAAACCGAAUGCCGGAUUGUACGAUCCGAUGAUUAUUCCCCGGGUCAAACAGUACCUGGAAGAAAAUGUGCACCAAACGUAUGUGGAUGUUGGCGUGAUGGCCAGGCAGCUGCAGGAACGCUACCGGGAGUACAACCGACGCAAGACGGUUCCCUUCCGGCUGUUGGUCGAGCAGGCCUACAAAACGGUGCUGCACAGCUACGGCUUGGAUAGUAAUCCAUCGAGCGAGAACGAAGACGAUGCCAACUCGGAUCUGGAAGUGAUGGACGAUGCCGGAACUGCUGCCGGAGGUGGGGCCAACUCCAACCACAUGAAUGAUACUUUGACGAACAUGUAUCUGAACAAUAAGAACAAACCGGCGGCAGCAGCAGCAAGUGGUGGUGGUGGCGAUGGCGAGGCCAUCGAUAUCAGCAGCGAUGAAGAUGACGACGGAGGCGACUCCCGAGACAAGGAAAAGGCUGUGUCCACCACAAGCACAGGCGAGCGGAUGAAAAUGAUAGAAACUCAAAUAGCUUCUAACAAGCACAUAACGGUGACGAAGAUAACUCGUCCAGACAAGGCAAGAUCCGGAGACGAGGCCGUCGAUUCCAGCAAUGGCAGCACCAAUGGAUCGGCUGCUCGUCGUGCUGCGGAACAAUUGGCACCGAUCCAAUCGAAACGUCGCCGUGUGGAUCCUCCUCCUCAUGGGCUACAAUCGUACCCACAUCUGCCGCAAAAUUCUGAAGUUAGCAACAGUUCCAAUCCUCUGCUGCCGUAUCCGACACCGGCACCUCACCCUGCCCCCCGAUCAACGGCUCCGAAUUUGGCCAGAUCCAGACGCUUCAAGAAGGAGGUAUUUGCUCGCUAUGUCGACACUACGUUCGAAGAUCUUGGUGGAAUGGACAAAAUCUUGCGCGAUCUGUGCGACUUAUUGCUCCACGUGAAACAUCCGGAAGUGUACCGACACGUUGGAUUGCCACCACCACGUGGUUUUUUGCUACAUGGACCUCCAGGGUCCGGAAAAACGCUUCUUGCACACGCCAUUGCCGGGCAACUCAAAAUCGGUUUGAUCGAAAUUCCGGCCACGGAAUUGGUGGCUGGAGUUUCCGGUGAAUCAGAGGAACGCAUUCGGGAGGUUUUCGAACAGGCAGCGAUCUUGUCGCCGUGUGUGCUCUUUAUCGAUGAAAUCGAUGCCAUCUCGGCCAACCGGAUCAACGCCCAGAAGGACAUGGAACGUCGCAUUGUGGCCCAGCUGCUGAGCAGCCUGGACGGGCUAACGAAGCUUGAAGGUGGCGAUGGGGUGCUGGUCAUCGGUGCCACCAAUCGACCGGAUGCUCUGGAUCCCGCUUUGCGUCGAAUUGGUCGCUUCGAUCAGGAAAUUUCUUUGGGCAUUCCGGAUAGAGAAGCACGGGGACAGAUACUGAAGAUCAUAUGCAAGAAUCUGAAAAUCGCGGAUGCCAUCGAUUUUGACGAGCUGGCCAAACUGACGCCGGGUUACGUGGGAGCAGAUUUGCUGGCGCUGGCCACCCGUGCGGCUACAAUUGCUAUCAAAAGACUCCUAACGGAACGUGAAAAACAGCAGCUUUUGGCGGAAGCUCGUCGUCAGGUCGAGCUGGAGGUUGCACGCCGAAGAAAGGAAUAUGAGCGUAAAAUUGCCGCUGCCGCUGCUGCUGCUGCCCAGCGAACGGCGACCGCUGCCGCUGCUCAGAAGGUUGAUGACGACGAUGAUGUUGCCAUCAUGGACGUGGACGAAGCACCAAAACCAACUGGUGGAGCUGCCACAGCGGACAAGCCAAAGGAAAACAACGCUGCGGAUGCUUCGGCUGACGAUGUGGUAGCACUUGAGGAUGAUGUCGAAGAAGUUGUCAACCUGGACGACGAUAAAGACGAGAUCAAGGAAGCAGAUGCUGCUAAACCUCAGGAGGCGGACGCCGUUCAACCUAAGGAGGCGGAAGCUGUUAAACCUAUGGAAACGGAUGCUGAGGUGCCCAAGGCAGAGACGGCCAAGACCGAAGAAACAGUUGAUGGAAGUGAGAAAAAAGAAGGGGAAACAGAGGAGGUUAAGCUGGCUGAUGAAGAACAGAAACCAGAGGAAACUAAGGAAGCUGUAGCCGAACCUGAGAAGAAACCGGAACAAAGCAAGUUGGAGGAAAGUGAUGUAGAAAUGGUUGUCGAUAGUAGCACUUCUGGAGAUAAGGUGGAUGGAGAACCUACAGAAGUAGCAACGUCGGAGGUCGAGAAACCAAUCGAUAGCAAUGAAGCAACUAAAACGUGCGAGGAUGUAUCUGAAACUGCCGAACCAGUGGAAAUUAUCGAACAAGAACCGGAACCGAGUUUUGAAAUCGGUCCGAUUCCGGUACCGGAGUUGACAUUGAACAGAAUGCUGAACCUUCUUCUAGAUCAUUCCAAUCCUUUGGGCGAUGAAGAGAUGGAUGGUAUCUGCAUUAACAGAGAAGAUUUCCUGGAAUCCCUUAAAUCUGUUCAACCUUCUGCCAAACGCGAAGGUUUCAUCACCGUCCCGGACGUUACUUGGAACGACAUUGGUUCGCUUGGAGAUAUCCGGGAAGAGUUGAAGCUUGCUAUUCUUGCCCCCGUAAAAUUCCCACAACGUUUGAAGCUGCUCGGUCUAAACGCUCCAUCUGGUGUUUUAUUGUGUGGCCCUCCCGGAUGCGGUAAAACUCUUUUGGCUAAGGCCGUUGCCAACGAAGCCGGAAUCAAUUUUAUUUCCGUUAAAGGGCCGGAACUGUUGAACAUGUAUGUUGGUGAAUCUGAACGUGCAGUACGGCAAUGUUUCCAGCGAGCUCGCAAUUCGGCUCCCUGCGUUAUAUUCUUCGAUGAGUUUGAUUCUUUGUGCCCGAAGCGUUCGGAUAGCGCCGAAGGUGGAUCGGGCAUGCGAGUGGUCAAUCAGCUGCUCACAGAAAUGGACGGAAUCGAAGAUCGCAAGGGUGUAUUCCUAAUGGCCGCUACGAAUCGACCCGAUAUUGUUGACCCUGCUGUGCUGCGUCCUGGUCGUUUGGAUAAGAUUCUUUAUGUUGGUUUGCCUGCCGAAGUCGAUCGGGUUGAUAUUCUGAGAGCUCUCACAAAGAACGGCACUCAACCUCCGCUGGCUCAAGACGUCGAUCUAAGUACCAUUGCACGGCUAACUGAAGGCUACACCGGUGCAGAUUUAGCUGGUCUUGUUCGACAAGCGUCCCUGCAAACUCUCAAAGACUCCAUCGCAACUAGCAGUGGAGAUGAUAAGACCACCGACGUCGAUUCAGGGGAACCCCAACUGCUAGUGGGUCUGGUACAUUUCCAAGAGGCGAUACGAAACAUCAAACCAUCCGUUAAUGAAGAGGAUAAAAAACAUUACGAAAGGUUGCGGCGAAAGUACGGCACACCCACGGAACAGUAGUCGAAUUCACCAAGACUCACACUAAGGACAUGAUUUAGCAUUUUAGAGUUGUAAGAAUCAAAAUAAUGAAACUUUAACGUAAGAAAUCCUGUUUCUGCAUAUAGUCAAGCACCGAUAAAAUUUCAGGAAUCUUUUGACUAAACUGAACAGCAAAACUGACUCCGUAAGGAAAAUUAGGAGAUUUUCCUUACGCUAGAAAGGUAAUUUCAGCACUUAUUAGUUCUAGUAUUAGACACCCUUUUAAGAUAAACUACACCAGCCUUAUAUCCCGGCUAGCAAAAGUGUAGAGAGUAAAAUCCAUAGAUUUUUGUUCCAUAAAAUAAGCUAACUUUUAUUAUUAAUCAUAAUAUACAAAAAAGCAGAGUAAAUCGAUGUUUUCGUUUAUUUCCUAACUUUUGACAAAAAACAUACAUGAGUGUGAAGAUGAUGAAAAUUUGACUACUUUAUCUAAGGGUUCCGUUUUUCCCAAAUCCUCCUGCUGACAAAUUAGCACUCAUUUUAACAUGUAUUUCUCAUAUUUUAAAGAGGAUUUUGUGUGAACAUAGGACAUCAAUGGAAUACAGGAUGUAAAAAUAUGCAUAAGAAAA